AGAAAUCGGUGUAGCAUGUCAAGUGGACGCAGCGCACGCCUACCGCCCACGCCCCCGCAUACCACCAACAACAAGCACCGGGUGGCAGCCGCAGCCGCAGCAGCAGCAGCAGCAGCAGCAGCAGCCGCGGCAGCUGCCUCAACAGAGCCCAACAGCAACAGCAUGAUGCAGUACAGCAGCAGCAGCAGUAGCCAUGCCACAGUCCCCACCUCGGCGACCAGCACAGCAGCAACCUCUGCCAUGGGAAUGGCUGGAGGCAUGGCCAUGGGCAGUGGCAUGGGCAUGGGCGGUGGCAUGGGCAUGAGCAUGGCUGGUGGCAUGGUUGGCAUGGGUGGCAUGUCCGGGAGCGUGCACCCCUUCAACCUUGGCUCCGGCAUGGGCAUGGGCAUGGGCAUCUCCACGAGCAGCGAGACCUGCGUGCCCGUGCCCGUCGACACCAUCGAUGCCCUGGGACCCGAACUGGCCGUGGCCACCACGCAAAUGCUCGAGAAUCUGUCCGAGAAUGAGCGCAAGAUGAUCAUCGAGGUGCUCAACAGGGACGAGUCGGUGCGCCAGCGAGAUGCCACCAGAAUGAUGCUCUUGCGCGCUGAAUUGUAUUCACUGAGGCGCAAGGGUGCGGCUAAGGUCGUUGGUGGAGGAGUGCAGCCACACGAUGCCACACAACAACAGCAUACAAUGCAGCCAAAUCAACAACAACAACAACAACAACUACAACAGAUCGAACAACACACGAACAACCAAAACGCACACAACGACAUGAGUCGUCACUGCGCUCGCUGCACCACCGAGCUGGGCCGCAUCACAAACCGCGGCGCACCCUGCCGCGUCUGCAAGCUGCGCGUGUGCAAAGCCUGUCGCGAGUUCACCUCGCGCACCACGGAUUGGGUGUGCGUGGUGUGCUACAAGCAAAUGGAGAUACAGAGCGCCAGCGGUGACUGGAUCAAGGACGCCUAUGCCGUGGGCUCCUGCAGCGCCGUGGAUCAUCUGACCACCAGCGAUGCGCUGAGGAAGAGCAUGCGACGUUCCUGGACCAUAUCGAACCCCGAGGACGACCCGAACAAUCCGAACUCCCAGCAGCCGGUGGCAGAUAAUUUGUACCCACAGCAGCAGCAUCUCAUUGAGGCACAGUCCGCUGGCAGCUACCCGACCCUGCACCAGCAUCAGCAGCAUCAGCAUCAGCUGCCGCAGCAGCCCCGUGCCGCCCACGGCCUUGGGUACAACAGCGGCAGUGCCACGCCCACGACCAGCAGCAAGUGGCAGCUGGGGCGUCGUGUCCUGCGGCAAUCCACGCUGCCGAGCACCCUCAACAACGACCCCAACCUGAGCGGCAGUGGCUCCAAUUUGGCCAAUUACAAUUCCGUGAAUCUCACGGCGCCCACAUCGCCGCAUCAGCACCAGAAGAGUCCGCUGUAUCCGGGCGCCUACAACAGUGACGACAUCAUCCACAUGAACACGGCAGCCGGAGUGGCAGUGUCUGUGGCAGGCGGAGACUGCGACAACUACGCACAACAGCAGCAGCAGCAGCAGCAGCCACAGCUGGAGGUCACGCCCACGCCACAUCGUCUGCAGGUGCGGCGACAAUCGACGCUGCCAGCACAGCCCACGCCAGCCAUUUACAUGUCCACCUCCCCGAAUCGCUACAGCCGCUCCCCGGAGCGCUCGCCCGGCGAGCAGCAGCGCUAUCCGCCGUUCAUGCGGCAGACUUCGUUCCCAGAGCCCCCCAGCACCUAUCACCGCACCAAGCUGCUGCCCAGCACCGCCAAUCUGCCGGCAUCGCAGGCCCAGCAGCCAGUGCCAGUGUCCGGCCCAGCGCCGCCCCUCAACUACGAGUCGCAGGCCUCGAGCAUGGCCAGCGAUGAGCUGGACUACACACAGCCCCCGCAGCAGCAGCAGCAGCAGCAGCAGCAGCAGCAGCAGCAGCCGGGCGGACCGCUGCCCAAGCCACGAAUGACGCGCCAGGCGACGCUGCCCAAUCCGGAGCAGCACGUGAAGCUGCUGCCAACGUCGCCGCCCAAGCGGCAGACCUCCCCGCAGUAUCGCCGCUCGCCGGAGUUUAUGCGGCAGCAGACGCUGCCCAAUCCGGAGGCCUUCAGCAGCGGCAACACCCUCACCGUGCACUCCACGCCGCCCGCCAAGUUCAUGCCCAUCUCGCCGCGGGCCAAGCAGAACUUUCUCUUUCCCAAUGUGCAGAAUCCGCGGCCCUUCCUCUCGCAGCAGAAUGUGCCCACCGUGGGCACCACGGAGCUGGGCAGCGGCGGCAGCGUGGCCAGCACGGGCGUGGGCGUGGGCGCUGGCGAGCAGUACUCCAGCAGCCAGAGCGUCAACAUCCACCACUCGCGGGAUCCGCACUCGAAGAUGAUCAAGGUGCGCAGCCACAGCAACGAGGAGUACUCGAAUGCCAAGACGCACGUGGAGAAUCGCCGCCUGCUGCCGGAGAUACCCACCGUGCAGCGGGCAUCGAGCCGCUCGCCCAGCCGACUGGUGCGGCAGGAUUGCCUCAAGGAGGAGCACGGCUCGCGCACCUUUGGCGAGGCCAAGCAGCAGUUCCAUCAGUUCCCCGACGUCACCGAGGAGCUGGAGCCCAACCGCUCCGAGUACGUCGACUACUUUGGCGACAGCUCCAGCAGCUUCCUCGAGUCCGACGAGGUGCAGUACGAGAAGAACUACAACGCGGGCUUCAGCAGCGAGCCGCGGAUCAUCUACAACAAUGGCUCCGACGAUGGCAGCUACAAGCAGGCCCACCAGCGUCCCAUCUACAGUGCGGAGAACGUCCUGGCCGACUCGGGCUAUGGCGGCGGAGGCCUGGGUGUCGGUGGCAUUGGUGUGGGCGCUGGCGUGUCCAACUACUACCCGGACAUGAGCACUCCCCAGGGCUUCUAUGGCGGCGUGGCCCUGCCCCGCACACCGCUCAUGCACAAUCGCCUGCGGCGCCGGCAGUCGCGGGAGCUGCAAAUGCAGCAGGAGGAGCUGGCACAGCUCUCACAGGUGGAGGCCAGCGGCGGCGGCGGCGGCGGCGGAGGAGUCGAGAGUUUCUCCAUUGCAACGGGCGGCACGCUGGAGGUGAGUGCCGCCGAACGCCGCAAGCCGGAGCAGAUGCGUUCCGUGUCGGAGGAUUCGGGUGCCAAGACCACGCCGAAGCCCGUUACGCGGCGCUCCUUCUCGCAUCCCGAAAAGGACACUCAGCCACCCAAGAAAUCGGAAACCACAAAGAUACCCAGCCCCCGACCGCUGGCCGACAUACUGGACAAGACGCGCAACUCGAAGAUACCGCAGGCGCGGCGACGCAACAGCCGCACGGGCAUCGGCGGCGAGGCGGAGGAUGGCGGUAGCACGCCCCAGCACAUUUACUCCUUCCAUCAACAGCUUAUGCAUAGAAACUCUGAUUUAGCCAUGCGUCUGAAAAAAACAGAAAUUCCUCCUGUCACCACAACAGUAGCCAGCGCCGAGGAGAAACCUCAGUCGCAGCCAGAGUCCGAUUCGGGCUUGGGCACGGAGCAGCCGUCCAACGGCAAAUCCCUUGAGCCAUCCACGGCCAACACGAAAGCCAACGAGGCUUCGAAUGCCACAUCGGGCGCCGCACACACCAGCAAGCUGGGCGAACAGGAGCUGCAGAAUGCAGUGGAGGCCGCGGCGGUUGUCUUCAAGAAAGUUGUUCUGCAACGGCGCCAAGAAAAGGAGAAGGAAAAGGCCGCCGAGGAAGCGUUGCAGCUGCCGUCGGUUUCCGGCGACACCAGCGUCACGGAUGCCAUGGAAACGUCAUCGUCGGCGUCGGAGCUCGAGUUCAGGUGCACCACCUCGCACGGACUGCAGCAGCAGCAGUCACAGUACAACGUCGAAGCCGACGAGUUCAAGCUCGUCUUUCUCAACUCGGACUCCUCGUCAUCCUGCCGCGAAGAGGAGGAGGAGGACGACACGGACUCCUCCUGCUCCACGCAUCACUGCCACAGCAUCGUGAGCAAUGUGGAGGAUUGCGACUGGGACUACUUCGAGCCAUCGAUGAUAGCCUCCACCACGACCACAACGACAAUGAUUGCGUACACGGCCACGCCCACGCCGCCUCCACGCAUACGCCGCAGAUCCAGCGACAGCGAUUCACCGUUACUCCAGCGACGCCAGCAGCAUCAGCAGCAUCAGCAGCAGCAGCAGCUGCGCAGCUACUGCCCCCGCAUCCGAGAGAGCGACACGGGCACCGGCACCGGCACGGACGAGGAGCUUCUCCUGCACACGGAGAGCAGCUCCCAGACGAGCUCCGAUCAGACGGCACCCCCCGUGCCGCCACCCCCGCUGCCGAUGAGCAUGAAGACGCGGAUUAAGACGCGCUUCCUCAAGAGCCAUCACCAUCAUCAUCACCAUGCGCCGAGUCGCUGCGGAUGCAGCGCAGCUGCCGCUCCCUCCCCGCCAUCGCCGCCGCAGCAGCCGCAGUAUGUGCCCAUACCCGUGCCCGUGCCCAUACCCGUGCCCAUGUCCGCCUACCAGAACUGGCAGCUGGACUAUCCGGGCACGGCCAACCCGCUGCUGGAGCAGGACGACCCACUGGCUGCCUCGCUGCAGCAGCUGUGGCAGGCCGCCGCGGCACUGGGCGGCUUCAAGUCUUCCGCACUGGCGGGCUUCAAGUCGUCGGCGCCGGAGCUGAGCGCCUCGCUGGGCUCACUGAUGACGCAGUCGCUGUGCUCCACCGCCUCGUCGUCAUCGUCGACAACGUCGGGAUACGGGACGGCGGCGGGACGCAGCCUGGAGACACUGACCGGCUGUCUCUGCCCGGCAGCCCGAGCUGCCAACUCGUUGCAGCAGCAGCAGCAGCAGCAGCAGCAGCAGCAGCGUCAAAUGGCCAGCCCCAAGAGUGGGGCUUCGAAGCCAACAAGUUUAGUAGCGUCGCGCCUUCCGUCGAGUGAGCAGCAGCGAGCAGCGCGCACCCCGUCCGAAUCACAAACAAACAACGACGAAGGCAACGCAACGCCCACUACUGGGGGGAGAUUGUGUAAUGUCUAUGACGGAGAGCCAACGGCCCAGACACAUGUUGCUGCUGGCGGUGAUAAGCAGCCAAAGGGGAAUGGUAUAGAGAGAGGGCCGCCGAUACAGCACAAAUACCACAGCCGAAAUCUAUGCGAAAACGAGCAAACACAAACCAAAACGGCAACAACAGAAACAGAAACAGAAACAGAAACCUACCUGGCCAGAAACAACAGUCAGCGACAGAGCCAGAGCCAGAGCCACAGACACAGCCAAGAAGAAGUGGAAGCAGCAGACGAAACGAAUAUACAUAAAAAUCAAGUACCAGCAACAGCAGCAACAACUAGAGCUGAGGCAGCGGCAGCAGCAGCAGCAGCAGCAGCAGCAGCAGCAGCAGCAGCAGCUCCUUCGGCCAUAACUCGUUUUGCAGUCGAAAAUGUUGGAAAUGCUGAAAAUGCUGAGAUUGUUGCCGCCGCGCCUAGAGAGCAGCACCUAGUAGCUGAAGCAGCAGCAUCAGUAGAUCCCAAUUCCCGUGCCAAGAGUUUGUCCUCCAAUCGACUUAUAGCCACGAGGGCCACCAUGUCCGAGCAGGAGCCACCGAGACGCGAGACAGUGGGCCACUUGCUGAGCGAAAGCUAUGCGGCCAGCAGUCCGGAUGAGGCCAGCAGCAGCAGCAGCAGCAGCAGUGCAGAUGAGGAGCAGGCGGCGCAGAGCCCACGCAAGCUGGUGGAGCGCAGCUACGAUGUGGCAGUGGCAAUGCAGGCGGAGCUGGAACCAGAGGCAGUGGCAGUGGCAGUCCCAGAGCUGGAGCCGGAGCAAAUGCAUCACAGCACCACCACCGAUAGCAGCAGCAGCAGCAGCGAUUCCAGUUCCAGCUCCAGCUCAGAGUCUUGCGAUUCGGAUGACACGGGCACCGUGGCCGAUCGUCGGCCCAAGCGGCGGCGCUUCAACAAGGUGUUCAUCGUGAACCGCCAGCCGGGACAGGCUGGACUGAGGGUGCGAGCCAGACGCAGCUCUUCCACGGAGGGAGAUUCGCUGUCCUCAUCGGAGGCCAAUCUGGAGGAUUCCUCCGACAAUGAUACGGAUACGGAGCGCACAGAUUGCGGCAUUGUGCUGAACUAUGUGAAGCCACUGGGAGGUGAGGAGGAGGAGGCGGUACAACCUGCACGUGACGCCAACAUCAACGUCGACGUCAACGUCAACGUCAACGCCAAUGCCUACGCCAGCAGCGACGACGACUGCGAUGAUGAUGAAAGUGAACGACGAUGCCGCGUUGCCAACUCAAGCGAUGAGCUUGCCAACUGCAUUGUGGUCGUGGGCGGGCAGACGGACGACGGCGACGGCGUGGUGCUGCACGGCAUGCGAUCUCUGCCAGACGCGGAGCCUCAGCAAUCAGAGCGCUGCGACUUGGAGCUGGAGCUGCACAGCAUCUCGAACGAUGUCAACCGGCUGCUGGAGCUGCACAAGCAAAACUCUCAGCUGGAGAUGAAGCUGCAGCGACUGCGGCGCGGCGUGGCUGAAAUCAAUGAGGAUCACCUGGCCUCCACAUCCACCGCCACGGGCACUGCUGUGGCUGCCACCCAGGGGAAGCCCGAGGAGUGCGACCCACAGGGUGGUUGUUGGUCAUCGUCGCCAGGUGGUAAUCCACCCGCUUCUCCUUCUCGGAAAAGCAUUGUAAAUGUUAAUUCUAAUGACGAAAGCAGCAAAAGAGAGGCACAAACAACAACAGCGCGAAGAGCGGAAGCAGCGGCAGCGGCAGAGGCAGAAGCAGCGAAACAAAACGAAAACGAAGCGAAGGGUAAACACUAUGUAAACGAAGAAGCCGCAGCAGCAGCGGCAGCAGCAGCAGCAGCGACGGUCGCCGCUACUCUCGGGUUUACCUGCCAUCAUCAGAAGCAGGUAAAGGCAAACAACGAUAAUAAAGUGGUGGCAGCCGUAGAAGAAGAAGAGGAGGAGGCAAUGGCAGAAGAGCGACAAACAGCUGUGCAAACUGUGCAAGCGACGACCGAGGGGGAGGAGGAAUGCAACGAAGCAUGCAAAAAUAAAAACUCUCUCGCACCUGAACAGGUACCUGCUCGAGAGUCAGAGAGCGAACGCUCUCACGCGCGCUCUCUUUCUCGCUCUCGUCUACCUGUUGCUCAGGGCCACGCUGAUUUCGGAGUCGAAGUGAAGUCGAUUUCGGAGUCGCGCUCGUCGUCAUUCGAACAUGAAAUGUUAAACGUUGCGGUCGAGCAGGAGCCGUACGCUCGCACACGGUUGUACCCCAGCAACAACAAUAAUAAUAGUAUUGCUAAAAGCAACAACGAUAAUGGCCAUAAUGACGCUUUCGCAGCACAAAAGACAAAUAGCAGCGGCCAACAAAGCAACAGCAGCAACAGCAACAGCAACAGUGACGUAGUGAAUGUGAAUGGGCCGUCGCCGCGUGUGUUCGAAAGUUGUGAAAACGACAGCGAUUCCGAUUUUGACAGAAUAUUCGGCACACACAUGAGCUCGAAUACGCUGAAUACUUCGGCAACGGCCAGCCCCAGAACAUCGCCAGUGGAGGCGGAGGGGAGUGGCAGUCCCUCAGCCAAGAAUUCACUUUCGGCCAAGUAUCGCAGUUUGGUAAUGAUCACAAAAGACAACGAAAGUGCAGCAGCAGCAGCAGCAGCAGCAGCUGAAACCACCAAAACAAAGGCCAAAAGCGAUUACGACAGCAACAGCUUUGGCCAGAACUUUGGCGGUGACUCAUUUCGCGCCAUUGAGGGCUCGGAUCUCGUGACAAGCGAUCGGGAAUCGUCGCGCGACUCCUACAGCGUGGAUUCCCUCAACGAGCCAACGCCGAAGAUCUGCCUGGACGAUGGCCUGGCCGACGACGACUCCUGGGUGGAGGAGCUGAGCCAACACGAAAACGAUGACGAAGACGAGGAUGAGGAUGAGGAAGAGGAGGAUGAGAAUGUCAGCAAUGCCACCACCACGCCCACGGCCACGGACUCAGAGGAUGCCGAUGGGGAUGGCGACAUGAACAGGCGCCACACCUACAUGGACAGGGAGGAGGAGCUGCGCGGCUACAACAGAUCCGCCAUUGACUUUACGCUGCACACCAUCGUGGAGGAGAGCUGCGAGGAGAGCGAGGUGGCCUCCAUGCGGGCGGACAACGAGGAUGCCGACGAGGAGGAGGAUCUGGCCGAGCGUCGCCGCCAGCGCACGCUGCAGCACCAUCACCGCCUCAGUGCCUCCGAGCUGGAGAAGUAUUUCUUCUUUGGCCUCGGGGAUGGCAAGGUGAUGAGCUCCAUUGACACGCGGGGCGACGACACCGCCUCGGAGGUGAGUUCGGAGUGCUCCGAGGGCAUGGACUCCCUGCCACACGAUGAGCAGCUGCUGGAUGGAGGCAACAGUGCCACGGAUCUCGCCUCAUCCCGCCUGGAGAAGUAUUUCCUCUCGGGAUUCAUGGGCUUCAGCGGUGGCGAGAAGCAGGCGGAAAGCGACGAGAGCGGCGGCAGCGUGGGCAGCGACAGCGAGGGUCAUCCCAGUCCCAGCCAGCGGAGGAAACGUCUGGUCCGCGCACGCGGCACUCCACGCAGCCACAACUCCUCGCUGGACAACCUUCUGCUGCCGGAGACGGACACCCUGGAUGCCACCACGACGGCUGCCAUGACUGUGGAGGAUACCUCCGAGUCGGAGGCUGGCUGCGACGACACCGUCAUCCAUCUGGCCAAUGCGGGCGCCUCUGAUGGCUCCUCCUCCGACACCAUCAAGCGGAAGAAGCAGCUGCGCAAGCGCCACGACUCUCUGGACGAGAAGAAACUGCACGAGGAUGCUCUGGCGCUGGGUGGCGGCCCCGAGUGCCGCACGCCCACUCCAGGGUCGAUGGGUGGCAGCUCCAGCCACUGCCAGGGACAGGCCAAGAAGCAGCAGCAUCACCACAGCCGCGACAGCGGCUUCGUGGGCAGCAACGAUGAUCUGCUGAAGGCACCCGACUGCGAGCCACCGAAAUCUCCAACGCCUGCGCUCGAGCAAAUCAGCGAGGAUCGUGAGCCAGCGCAGGCUCUCAGUCUGGCCAAGUUGGAGCUGCCCAGCACCUCCGCAUCAGCAUUGGCCAGUGGAGCGUCCGUGCAGGGGCAGCGGCCGAAGCUAGUGCCUCCCGUGACGACCAGUUCGAAUCUGGUGCGGAAGGACAGCUUCAACAACUGGAGCUCCGACGAGGAGACCAACCUGAUGAUGAGCAAGAUGCGGCAGUUCUUCAAGACGCUCAUCGUGGCCACGGCCAAUGCGCAGCAGAGCAAACCCACCACACCGCCCACACCCACCGGCACCACAGCAACAACAACAACAACCACAACGACGCCCAACUCCCAGCGGAAGUUGGCCAAGACGCGACCCGCACAAUUGGCGUACUUCGAGAACGAACUGACGCGCCUCAUGAAGACCGUGCCGGGCAUCAACGACGAGCAGGUGCGCGAGAUUGUGGAGUACCUGAGCAGCGAGGACACGUGGUCGGACUCGUACGACUCCUCGGACUACACCAGCUCCGAUUUGGAGGGAGGCGAGCGCAAGGGACACCUCAAGGCACAGAUCUCGGCCAGCUGCCAGCAGAUCAUCAACAAGUUCGAGGUGGACGAGGAGGGCGAUCGCGGCGAUGGCGGACUGCUGGACGAGGUGCAGAGUCUGAACGGAGACACAGCUUUGGUCUACCAGAAGCUGGUGGCUUCCUUCAGCAAGGUGGCAGUGGGAGAAGCAGAGCAGGAAUCCCCUGAAAUGGCUGCACAGGAGCAGCAAGUGGAUCCGGAGUCAGGGGGCAGCACGGAGCAGCGAUCGCCGCAGCUCUUUGCCAAGGUAAUGCAACACAUUGGCACCCGCCUGGUGGCCCUGAUGCACGAGGUGAGCAGUGGCAAUGAGACGCCAACACCAUCGCCAGCCACGGGCCAGGGACAGACGCGUCACCAUCGACGGCUGCAGGCCAAGAUCUCGGCCACAACGACAGAGGACGAGGAGGAUGAGGUGGAGGAGCAGCUGCGGGCGAUGCCCAUCAAGCAGCUGAAGCUGCGCAGCAGAUCCCACGAUCUGCUCCUGGACGGAACGGGACCCCACACGCAUGGCCAUGCGCAUCCCUCGGGAGUGCAUCAUGCAGCGGGAUCGGCAGCAGGACACGGAGCAGCAGCAGGACACGGAGACAAUGCAGGGGAGGAGUGCGGAGUGGCCAGCGACUACGAACGGUUCUCGUGGCGCGGCAGUUUUGAGUCGGCAUUACUGGCUAAUGGCGACAGCAGAACGAGGCUCAGUCAGCUGAGUCAACUGGACAGGGACAACUCGUCGUCUGCGUCCGCUUUGGCAGUAGCAAAGCGCCGAUCGGCAGGCGAUCUCCUCUUCAGUCAGCACCAACAGAGCCUCAGCCGCGAGCAGCUGGACCGCGUACGAUCCUGCGGCAGCAUUGGCGGCGGCGAUGCGCACCAUCAUCAGCUGGAGGCCUCGCCGGCCAAGCCGUGGCUCUCCUCGGCGGGCUCCUCCAUUGGCGGUGACUCCGCCAAGGAUGUGCGUCGCUCCAGCGUACCGGAUGCCAUCUACGAGACGGACUCCAGCGAUGAGGGCAACGCCCCGAGCCAAUUCAGCGGCGCUCGCUCCACCCUGCCACGCAGCCUGACCAGCGGCGGCCAGGUGGCCAGCACCAACUCCCUGCCACGGUUGCCCACCUCCUCGGUGGUUGCGGGUGCGGCGGGGCCCAUCACCAGCACGCCCAAGACCAAGUCGCAGAGCGCCCUCAACCACACACCCUCCAGCUCCGCCAGCAGUGCCAAGAGUGCACGCUAUCGCUCGCCCGGACUGGCAGCCCGUGCCGCUGCCGCCAGCAAUAACAGCAGCAGCAGCAGCAGUGCUGCCGGCGGAGCUGUGGGUGGAGGCGGAAGUGCCGCCACCACCAGUGGCAGUGGCAGCAAAAAGCUGGGUGCGGGCUUCCAGUUCCUGUACUCGAAGCGCGAUGCGCGCAAACGUCUCAACAUGUCAGCGGAAGAGGCCAAAGUGGCUGCCGAGGAGCUGACACGUUCGCCGGUGAUUGGACAGCGGCAGGCGGCGGAGCAGGCCGCCACCGCCAGUCCCGUGCAGUCGCGUGCCUCCAGCGAGGCCUGGCCGGUGCAGUCGGACGAGGACAUUGAUCGUCUGGUGGCCAUGCAUCAGAAUCGCAGCAGUCUCAGCUCUUUGGGGGUUCGCUCGGAGUCCAUGGCCAGCGUUUACUCUGGCGCUGGUGAGGGUCGCUAUGGCACUGUGGUGGUCAAGGGUCAGGUGGAAUUUGCCAUGCAAUACAACUACAAGCUGGCCGCCCUGGAGGUUCAUGUGGUGCGCUGCAAGGAUCUAGCCGCUGUCGAUGCCAAACGCAAUCGCAGCGAUCCCUAUGUCAAGGUAUACCUGCUGCCGGAUAAAUCAAAGGCUGGCAAACGCAAAACCAAAGUCAAGAAGCACACCCUCAAUCCCAUCUUUGAUGAGACGAUGCGUUUCCACACGCCCAUCUCCAGCCUGGAGUCGCGCACCCUGUGGCUGACUGUCUGGCACUCGGACAUGUUCGGGCGCAACGACUUCCUCGGCGAGGUCUCUGUCAAUCUGCAGGGACGCGUCUUUGACAAUCCCCAAUCGCAGUGGUAUCUGCUGCAGGAGAGGAGCGAACCCUUCGAUGAGGUGGCCACCUAUCGAGGUGACAUUGUGGUGGGCCUCAAGUACAUUCCACCCGAGAACCUGAAGUCUUCGUUCUUCUCGCGCGGCUCCUCGCUCACGGGUAGCUCCUCGAAUCUGCGCAAAUUUGGUGGCAGCAUCAAGUCCGUGGCCUCAAAGUCGGAUCGCUGUGCAAAGGGCGGACAGCUGCAUGUGCUGGUCAAGGAGGCCAAGCAUCUGAGUCCCAUCAAGGCCAACGGCAGCUGCGAUGCCUUCUGCAAGAGUUAUUUGCUGCCUGAUCGCACGCGCAGCUCCAAGCAAAAGACGCCAGUGGUGAAGCGCACGCUGCAUCCCACGUGGAAUUACACCUUUGUCUAUGAGGAUGUCUCGCUGGAGGACUUGUCGGAGCGCGCCUUGGAGCUGACAGUCUGGGAUCACGAUCGACUGGCCAGCAAUGAGUUUGUCGGCGGCAUUCGUUUCUCCUUGGGCACGGGUCGCAGCUAUGGCCGCCAAGUGGAAUGGAUGGAUGCCACUGGCAAGGAGCUAUCGCUGUGGCAGAACAUGCUGGAUAGGCCCAAUUUCUGGGUGGAAGGUAGCCUAGUGCUACGUUCCAGUCUGGAUGGCAUACGAGCCACAUUGCCAUAGGAGCAACCGCUUGCAUAUUAGUAAAUUAUUUGCUAGAAUCCACAAACCACAAAGCCACAAAGCCACAAAGCCACAAACCCCACAAAAGUUGCAGUUAGAGUUGCCCACGGCACAUUGUAUUGUAUUGUAUUGUAUUAACUAUCGAUUAAGCUACGAUGACAGUCGAUAACGAUGACUCUGAGAAGCAUUAUUAGUGUUCUAAGCAUUGGCAUAGUCACAGCAGACUGACUGGCCUAAUUAAUUGAUUGUUGUUUGUGUUUGCACGUGGCCUUGCAGCCACAGUUAGAGUUAAGUUGAAGUGUGUGUAGGAUGAUGAUUCCUGAAUACUCGAAUAUGGCAAUGACGCUGCAUGUAGCCUGUACCCCAGCCGUAAAUAAACCGAGCAAACAAAGCAGAACAAAGCGUUAUCAAGCGUUAAAGCGGCGCAACUCUCAGCGCAGAUAAAAGACAACAAAAAAACUAAAACUGUAAAGCAAACACCAUGAGAACAGAACUACAGCAUGAAGCGAUGAUAAUGAUGAUGAAGAUGAUGACGCAGCCCAAGGCCUGGGCUGCCUUAGAUAUAAGCUCUACGAUGUUCAUGUGUAUUCUUUCCAACCUCUCUCUCACCCCUCUCACCCUCUCUGAGAGGCACUUGCAAUUGGCAUACUGUAUGCACCUAAAAGCUAAACGAUAAACGAUAAACGAUAAAAGCUACAACUAAAAUAUAACUAAAAUAUAUAGUUGAAACGAGACAUAAGUUUACCAUGUAUAACUAUCCAUAAAAAUGCGCGAAAAUACAAAUAACAUUUUUUGUAAAUU